AUGGGAUCUCUUGUCUGGGACGAGGAGAACCGCUGGGUGGGCAAGCAGCCCUGGUGGAAGGAUGCCACCUUCUACCAAGUCUACCCGGCCAGCUUCAAAGACUCCGACGGCGACGGUUGGGGUGACUUGCCAGGCCUCAUUGCUGAGGUCGACUACCUUCAUGACCUAGGCGUCGACGUUGUCUGGGUGUCACCCAUCUUCGAGAGCCCCCAAGCCGACAUGGGUUACGACGUCUCCGACUACCAGAAGAUCUACGCACCCUACGGCACGGUCGAGGACGUCGAUACCCUCCUCAAAGAAUGCCACAACCGCGGCAUGAAAGUCAUUCUCGACCUCGUCGUCAACCACACCUCCGUCGAGCACGAAUGGUUCAAGCAGAGCCGCUCGUCAAAAGACAACCCGAAGCGCGAUUGGUAUAUCUGGAAGCCGGCGCGGUACGACGCUGAUGGAGUCAGGCACCCGCCGACCAAUUGGCGCGGCUACUUCGCAGGGCCGACGUGGACGUGGGAUGAGCAGUCGCAGGAGUACUACCUGCACCUGUACGCUCCCGACCAGCCCGAUCUGAACUGGGACAACGACGAGUGCCGCGAGGCGAUCUACGAGGACACAAUGCGCUUCUGGCUUGAGCGCGGCGUUGACGGGUUCCGAAUCGAUACGGUGAACAAGUACUCCAAGCGUACCGACUACGUCGAUGCGCCUAUCACGGACCCCAACUCCUCGCACCAGCCUGCACCAGAGAUGUGGUGCAAUGGUCCCCGAAUUCACGAGUUUAUCCACGAGAUGAACCGCAAAGCCCUGGCCCCGUACAACGCCGUGUCCGUCGGCGAGCUGUCCCUGACGCCACACCCGUCGCAGGUGAUUCCGUACGUCUCGGCCGCGGCUCAGGAGUUGGAUAUGGUGUUUGAGUUUUCCGUCAUUCGACUCGGCAACGGCAACGGCUUUGGAGGGAAAUACCUGUAUCAGCCGUUCCCGUUGUCAACGUUAAAGAGCUACACUGCGACAUGGCAAUCAUUCAUCGAGGGCACGGACGCGUGGGCGACUGCUUUUUGCGAGAACCACGACAACGGCCGUGCUGUUUCGAGGUUCGGCGACGACUCGACACCGGAGUUGUGGAAGGCCUCCUGCAAGACCAUUGCCAUCUGGCAGGCCACCAUGUCCGGCACUCUGUUUUUGUACCAGGGCCAGGAAAUCGGCAUGACCAACAUGCCGGCCAGCUGGGGAAUCGAGGAGUACAAGGACAUCGAGAGCGGCAACUUCUACUCAGAGGCCCUGGAAUCGGGCGACCAGGAGCGAAUUGCGAAGACGAUGGACGGAUUGAGAAUCAUGGCGAGAGAUCACUCACGGAUACCCUUCCAGUGGGACGAGAGCCCGAAUGCUGGGUUCACCAAGGAGGGCGCCAAGCCGUGGAUGAGAGUCCAUGAUGACUACAAGACCAUCAACGUCGCCAAGCAGCGCGGUGAUCCCGACUCAGUCUUGGAGUUCUAUAAGAAGGCUCUCAAGAUGAGGAGGCAAUACCGCGAUAUCUUCGUCUUUGGAUCACAUAAGCUGUUGGAUCCGGAGAACGAGAAGACUUGGAUCAUUCUCAAGGAGAGUGCUGCGCCUGUUAAUGGGCGGGAUGGUGUGAAGCGCAGGGCUCUUAUUGUGAUGAACUUCUCCCAGGACGAGGAGAGUGCCGGGGAUGUGCCUUCUAUGCUUGGCUGUGAGCCUGCUGAGGUGAGGCUACUGAAUGGGACGAGGGAGGGUGGCCAUCUUGUCAAGGGCGUUGCGCCUUCAUUGAGGGGAUGGGAGGCGAGAGUGUAUACCAACUUUGAGAUUUAA